UGUAUGGAAAUCGUAGAUGUGGAAAGGAAAGAACAGGAGCCCACUGUGAAUGAGCUCAGACUGGGUUCUCUAUUGGGACUGGAAAGCCAAUUAAACUCAGUCAUCUUACCGCCCUUACCUUAGAAGAGAAAGAAAAACUAUCCGGAUUGCAAAGCUAAUGAGAAGAAAGGGGUAACAUAUAUCAUUGUUUAUUGUACUGUAAAUGACACGACACUGUCUUUAUUUCUGAUUAAAAAGUUUAGUUAAAGUGGCGAUCAAGCUAGAAUUUGUACGAAGGGAUUUAUUGACCAUAGUCAGGGCUUUUGUAGCUCCGCCAUCUUGGGACGAGCCGGCACUGCAUCGCCAUGGCAGACCCAGACAGCGCAAACGGCCCUCCUGAGAAUGACGUUUCUUUCCCGCUGUCCUCACUUGCCAACCUGUUUGAGGGCGAGGAGGCCUCUCCAGCCCCAGAUCCUCCUCGGACAGGUGAUAACCGGCAGAACCUACGUAUGAAGUUCCACGGCGCCUUCAAGAAGGGCGUCUCAAACCCUAUGGAUGAUUCAUCCUUGGUGCCUGGCCCCAAGAAGGCACCUAUGGACACGCUGUACGAUUACGGCACUUACCACCAGCCCAACAAACAGAAACGCUACCGGAUGAAGCUCCCUAGGGGAAAGACAGAGACUGACAGCAUUGAUAACGCCAAGCCAGCUCCAGAUCCGCCCAAAGUUCUGAAGGUGUUCAACCGGGCCAUUCUGUUCGAUGCUGUGUCCCGAGCGGAUUGUGAGGCCCUUGAUGGUUUGCUCCAGUACUUGCAGAGCCAUGAUAAAAGGCUCACAGACGAGGAAUUCAGAGAGCCCUCCACGGGGAAGACGUGUCUGCCCAAAGCUCUCCUCAACCUGUACGGCGGCCGCAACGACACCAUUCCUCUGCUGGUGGACAUCGCAGACCAGAUGGGCAACUUGCGCGAGUUCAUCAACACGCCAUUCCGUGACGUCUACUACCGGGGCCAGACAGCGCUGCACAUCGCCAUUGAGAGGCGCUGCAAGCAGUAUGUGGAGCUCCUAGUGGAAAAAGGGGCAGAUGUCCACGCCCAAGCCAGAGGGCGGUUCUUCCAGCCCAGGGACGAGGGUGGUUAUUUCUACUUUGGUGAGCUGCCACUGUCCCUGGCCGCUUGCACCAACCAGCCAGAGAUGGUGCACUAUCUGACGGAGAACCCGCACAAGAAAGCGGACCUGCGGCGGCAGGACUCGCGGGGGAACACGGUGCUGCACGCGCUGGUACACAUCGCCGACAACACGCGGGACAACACGCGCUUCCUCACCAAGAUGUACGACCUGCUGUUGGUCAAGACUGUCAAGCUGCACCCAGACUGCAACAUGGAGAGGGUGCUCAACAACGACGCCAUGUCUCCGCUUAUGAUGGCUGCCAAGCUGGGCAAAAUCGGGGUGUUUCAGCACAUCAUCCGCAGAGAGAUCAAGGACGAAGACGCACGGCACCUUUCACGCAAGUUCAAGGACUGGGCCUACGGUCCAGUGUACUCCUCCCUGUACGACCUCUCCUCACUGGACACGUGUGGCGAGGAUGUGUCCGUGCUGGAGAUCCUGGUCUACCACAGUCGCAUCGAGAACCGACACGAGAUGCUAGCAGUGGAGCCCAUUAACGAGCUGCUGAGAGCAAAGUGGCAGAAGUUUGGCGCUGUCACCUUCUACAUCAGCGUGGUGUCCUACUUGGUCACCAUGAUCAUCUUCACCCUGAUAGCCUACUACCGCCCUUCCGAGGGAAAGCCUCCAUACCCCUAUACCACCUCCACCGACUACUUGCGGCUGGCCGGAGAGAUUGUAACCUUGGGCUCAGGCAUGUUCUUCUUCUUGUCCAACGUUAAGGACCUCUUUCUGAAGAAAUGCCCAGGGGUGAACUCCUUAUUUAUUGAUGGCUCCUUUCAGCUGCUCUACUUCAUUUACUCUGUGCUGGUCCUGGUUUCGGCUGCCCUGUACCUGGCCGGUGUGGGGGCCUACAUCACUGUGAUGGUCUUUGCCCUGGCACUCGGAUGGAUGAACACCCUCUACUUCACCAGGGGCUUUAAGCUUACUGGGACAUACAGUAUCAUGAUACAGAAGAUUCUGUUUAAGGAUCUCUUCAGAUUCCUGCUGGUCUAUGUACUCUUCAUGAUCGGAUAUGCGUCAGCUCUGGUGUCUCUCCUGACAUCGUGCCCGCCCUCUCAAUCCGGGUGCCUGGACGACAGCUGCACCAAGCUGAAGUGCCGCGAUAACACCACGUUCAGCACCUUCCUGCUGGACCUCUUUAAGCUGACCAUUGGCAUGGGUGAUCUCGACAUGAUUCAAAAUGCGGAGUACCCAGCCGUCUUCCUCAUCCUGCUGGUCACCUAUAUCAUCCUGACCUUCGUGCUGCUGCUUAACAUGCUGAUCGCUCUCAUGGGGGAGACUGUGAGCCAAGUGUCCAAGGAGAGCAAGAAGAUCUGGAAGCUGCAGUGGACCACCACCAUCUUGGAUAUCGAGCGCGCCUUCCCCGUGUGUCUGCGUAAGUCCUUCCGGGUUGGGGAGAUGGUGACUGUGGGCAAGAACCACGACGGGACGCCAGACCGAAGGUGGUGCUUCAGGGUGGAUGAAGUCAACUGGUCCCACUGGAACCAAAACCUGGCAAUCAUCAAUGAGGACCCUGGAAAAAAUGAAACCUAUCAGUCUGACAGAGUGCAGCACACAGUCCGGGGUUUGAGGAGAGAUCGCUGGUCCACAGUGGUUCCACGAGUCAUGGAACUGAACAAGGGCACAGCGCAGAACGAUCUGGUACUUGAGAUGGAACCCCUUAACCCGGCCACCAAGAACAGACAGUCAUGAGAACCACAGCUGAGCUCUCAGAUAUGGGGGGGGUUCGAUGCAGAGAGAUGGAUCUGAAUCUCCUGAGGGUCACCAGAAACAGCCUAUGAGAUUGCUGCCAAACAUCCAUCCAUCUGUUCAUUCACAAUAAUCACUCAGGAACAAUGAUGUCAGUGUACAAGUUCAUUACCGAAACACCAGAUCUACUCUCCAGACGGGAUUGUGCUCCACUUGCAGCCUGCUGCAGACAGAAUGCCUGGUGAAAGUUAGACAGUAACAAGCUGAUUGUCCACAAGAACCUCUUCAACAAGAACCUCGUCUGUCACAAACGUGUCGAGAUGUCUGUUUCGUGAACUCAGGGAUUUUCAGAAAGGGACAUCUUACGCCAAAAGACAACCCAUGAAAUCUUUCCAGGUUUCUAUAUAUGCAGUUUACUAUUCGGUAUCUGACACAGAAGUUCAUAAUGAUCGUGUUGGAAGAGAGCUGGUUUUCAGCCAGGUUCAUGUAGUGUAGUAGUGAGAGACCGGGGCACACCUCUGCAAGCUCAAAGCAGAGAUGACUCAUUUGGGUACUGAAGGCAGACAUCUGCUCACCACAGAGCCCAGCAAUGGCAGUACAGACAGAAAGUUUAUAGCCCCCCAUUGUUGUGUGUCAUAAUCAGUUGUUCAUAUGUAAUUUAUCUGUCAAGGAAUAUUCAACUGACUUAGCUCAGCCUCCGUGUCCCUAUUUUACUGUUAUUAAAUGCUUAAUAUUUUUACUUCAGUUUGUGGAAAUUUGAAGUUUAUACUGUAAAAAAAUGUACUGAGGCAGCUUUGGCUGUAUUCAGGUUGAAAUGGAUUUAAAAGUAUUAUAAGGAAAUUAAUUUUUAACCUCCAGAGCUACCUAAAAUGGAUCCCUCUCAUGUCUUGUUUUGGGAAAACUAACCCUAAAACACAUUGCUGGAUAAAUUAUUGUCAAUUAUUAUGUAAAAAAUGCAUGUUUAGUGACCUAUGAAAUAUAGAAAAAUAUCAACAUAUUGCUCUGCAAAGACAUAUAUUCAAAUAACCCACAGUUGUAGGAAGCAGUGUUUUGAAGAUAUUUUAAACAUACAUGUCAUUUUUAUUUCAUAAUCAGAUUAUGACUGAAUUUGUUUUGCUACAGUAUUGCCUGCUGAUGUAGUGAUGGUAUUUACUAGACCAAAUAGCCAAGACUGUUUACUGUACACUUUGUGUUUUGACAGAGCAUCCAUUUCAUCUCCUUGUCCUAGAAUCAACAAAUUAUGCAAAAGCCUUCUGGUCAUUUAUUCCGAUACUUGUUGUUUCAGAUGGAGUGGUGGCUCUGAGGCUAGGAAUCUGUGCCAGCUACUGGAAGGUUGCUGGUUCAAAUCCCGUGAAUUCCCAGAGUGGUUCUACUCCAUUGGGUCCUUGAGCAAGACCCUUAACCAGCAAUUGCUUUGUCCUGGGUAUGAUGUUAAUCUACAUCCAACACUAUAAGGAGGUCCUCCAACAGGGAAUAACUUGGGGCAGGAUUGGCUCUCCAGCCACUGGUAAAAACUCCCACUGAUCCAUUUGGACUAGUGUGGUGCUGAGGUAUCACCUGCCACAUGGCUGCACUCAGGUUCUCAUCCCUGGGGUGGUUUGUCGUGUGGCGGCAACAUGCUGUAAUCGGUGCAUGUACCUCUCGUUGUUUUUUAAUGCCUAGUUGUCAGGUGUACUCAAAGCCUGUUUACUAGAAAAGAGGAUGUAUAUUGCAGUUUGUUUUUGCUUUUUGGAAGGAAAAUAUUUUAGUUGCAAUGAUAGUAUUUUGAUUAAAUUUAUAUUGUAUAUUAAAAACCGUAUCUUGCUACUGUA